AAAGGGGUUUAAUCGUUGUUUUUGCAUUGUCACACUCGUUCUCUGAUGACUAAGUACGCCUCGGGCACUGGUGAUGCGCUGUGAAGAUGUACGGGAUGCGGUAAUACCUCACUACAUAAUAGAGGGAGGUGGGGGGUAAGAGGCAAGGCACGCGCCCGGACGCUCCCCGCCAACUAAACGCGAGAGAGACUCAGACAUCAAUAACAUCCCGCUCAUCAAUAAGAAAUUUUGAUGGAGUUAGACUGCUUAAUUAAAUAGUUUGCAUCGACGGUACUGCGUUCUCUGAAUUUAUAAUAUUUAAUCUGAUGACCCCCAACGGAGAACAUCUGAGGGAAGACUCUUCAGCAACUCCAUCCACGGGAAAGCGGCACGGCGAGUCACCUAACGCGAAUUGGAGAUAAUUCUUAUCUUUCAGUGAUGGCUAUCAACACUGAUGCUGCCUUUGGGAAAAGCGCCCUUGGCGAGAGGGAAACUUCCAACCCGACCGAUUUCCUGGACACGGAGAAGCUGCUGAGCACCGCGACCACCGAGCCCAGCGGCGAGAGCAACGUCAAACCAGCCGACUCCUUCAGCCUCAACAUCAGAGGGAGUGUCCGGUCCUUGGACUCGGAGCAGAACGGACACAGAUCACCGCUGAAGUCGGGCUCCGUCGGGCAGCUGCCGCCCCCACCCAAGUCCUUAUCCCGGCUCAGCCUGGGCCCGCUGCCGUCCCCGGUACCACCCGGGUCCGAACCCCCGAGCUACCUCUGGCUCGCAGUGCUGUCCUGUUUCUGCCCCGCCCCGCCUUUCAACAUAUGUGCGUUAUGGUAUGCGAAUGUGUCGAAGUCUGUUCUCCAAACAGGAGAUAUUGAAGGAGCCAGGAAGUAUGGGCGUCUAACAAUGGUCCUCAGCACCCUGGCGAUACUGCUGGGUGUGGCUGUCAUCAUCUUCCUGGUGGUUACAUUAGAAGUUCAAUCCAAAAACUGAACUGUGGGACAGAAGGAGUCUCCUUUAAGUUCAUCUGAUCUCGAAUUUGCACAGAGGAGAGGAGGAUGAUGGAUGUCAUUUUGAAGAAUGAAAAAGCACAAAGUUGGAAACAAGCUGAAAAGACUCUAACAUAACCUACUGUUUUUUUUCCUGCUAUGGACUAUAAAAAAAGUAAAACGAAAAAAAAAGGAGGCGCUGUUUGUUUAUCUUUUUGACACUUAUGCCCAAUAAACCCCACAAACUCAGGAACCAGGGAGGAGUGAACACGAAGGCUGCGCAGUUAUUGUGUGGGACUGUCGGUCAGCGCGCUGCGUGGAGAGCGCGCAACUACUCGUAGUCCAAACUAGCAGUGCGCACACAAUAACUGGAGCGACUGCAUCGUCAUAACAACACGCUUAAAAACAAGAACGUGGUGUAAAAAGUUGCUUUUGUGCGGAGAACAAAACCUCGACGCACCUCUAGUCUGUAAUAACGUCACCACUGCCUGCCCUGUCUCUCUUAAUCUCGCCAACAAAGUACAGGAUUCUUUCUGUUCAAGUCUGGACUUGGGUGGCCGUGGGAAGAUGUAUAAGCUGUUUUCAUACGUUGUUUACAUGAAAAAAAAAACAGAAAAAAAAGAAAAAGAAUACGUGUAUCCGUCACGACAAUGCCUUUCUGCAGUCAUAGUGUGAUAUGUUGCUUCUCGUGCUGACAUGAUAAACGGAUUCCUGUUUGGACGACACUGAACCUCAUUAUGUUUACA